CGGAAAGCAGGUAAAUAAACACGUUUUCUAUAUUUUCUAACGUUUUCCAGUAAUCGUAAUUCACCGGUAAUACCUUCGUGUGUAAUGCAGGUUGGGCUGCGUUAGUCUGGAUUUGCACGGUCUCGUUGCACCCCGGGUUUGCGGUAAACACGGACCGGACACGGAUUCAGAACCGGGCUGUCUUCUGAGACCCAGAUCUCUUGAAGUGGAAAUUAAAUACUAAACUAAAUCGUUUUCCCUGACCAGCGUUGAAAUGGGCCGCAGGAAGUCGAAGCGAAAGCCGCCUCCCAAGAAGAAGAUGACUGGGAAUCUGGACACUCAGUUCACCUGCCCGUUCUGCAACCACGAGAAGUCCUGCGACGUCAAAAUGGAGAGGACUCGGAACACAGGCGUGAUCUCGUGUACAGUGUGUCUGGAAGAGUUCCAGACUCCAAUAACGUAUCUCUCGGAACCAGUUGACGUGUACAGCGAUUGGAUAGACGCCUGCGAGGCAGCCAAUCAGUAGCAGACCCUGCCUGUGAAGGGCGGGCAGUUAUCAGGGGAUGGUUACCAGCAGUUCCAAGGACUCUAAUGUUACUGGCAAAGCAAGGGUUAACACUGCAGCACCCAGUCCAGAGAACUUUAUAUGUGUGUAAUCUUUACUUUCUUUAUAUAAAUAUUUGUUUUCAUUUUA